CGAAAUGUCACACACGUUUAUUUCAUCGUCGUCUUUUUUCCCUGUUCAACAGCAUGCACUGUGACUUGUAGUUCAAUUCGUUUUAGUUCAUUUGACGUUGUACUCAUGGUUUAAAUCGGGAGAAGAAGAAAAAAAAAGAAGAAGAAACGGUUUAUUUGUAAAUAAAGUGAUAUUAUAAUAAAGAGAAUGGCGUCGAAUAAAAAGCCGUAUCAAACUAGUUUAAAACUGCCAGCCGACAGUAAAUUGUAUACAUCAGAACGUUUGCCUUCGUUUCGUAUACCACGCGAUUUACAUUUGGGUGGUGUGCCAUUGAAAACUACGGUUGCUCGCCCAAAUUUAAUCCCAAACAUUAAAAAACAGUAUACUCCAAAUUUAAAUGCAACUAGACAUAAAGAUGUACAUGUAAAAACAUCGAAAGAUACCUCGAGAGGUAGGGGCAGGGGACGAGGUGAACGAUCGGAGCGUGGAAAGAAUACUGGCGCUGGGACAAGGACGCCUCGGAACACAGUUAUUGCAUCUUCAGGUCUAUUCUCAGAAGGAGCUGGCGAUACUAAACAAUUAUUCCGAAGUUUUCGUAGUGGCGACGAUUCGACUAGUGCCACUCUUCGUCGACCAACGAUAUCAAAGAAACGGGAAAAAGUCGAUCCUUUAGUUGAACAAAAACAAAUUUCCGAAAUUUACGAUUUAGAUAUGGAUGAAACGGACGAUCCAACUAGAGCUUCAAAUCAUGAUCAAUUUUCACCAAUCAUUCUAAGUCAAUUGAAAAACGAAGUGAAGUUGGAGGAACGAAUAAAUAAUAUGGAUAUUAAAGAGGAAAAUAAUGACAAAUCGAAUAAUAGACUGAAAUAUCCAUGUAAUAUGGGAGAAUUUUUAGAUAGAACAACACCGCAAAUGUUUCUCAUGCAGUUACCGGAUGCGCUGCCGGGUUAUGGGCCAGAACCAGAGCCAGCCGAUAGUGCGGAAUCACAAGAAACAAGUCAACCGCAUGAUAGUUUGUGUACAAUGCGAAAUUUAGAGGAAGGCCAAAUUGGUCGCCUGGUGCGAUAUCGUUCAGGGAAAACAAAACUUUUAUUAGGCAAUACAAAAUUCGACAUUGAUUUGGGCAUCGAUCCAAAUUUAAUGCAAGAAGUUAUAUCAACAAAAAUAGAUACAGAUCGAACGGGUCAAAUGAUAAAUUUGGGACAAAUUAAUGCAAAACUAAGUGUCGUACCGGAUUGGGAAUUCCUUUUAAAUAAUAUUACCGAUAAGAAAUCAUAGCAUUCAUUCGGAAAGAUGUCAUUACGUUUUGAUGUUUAUUUUUUUAUAUAUAUAUAUAAUUUUUUUUCUUCUUAUUCUCUACCACCUUCGAUCUGCGACCAUGUGAGAUAUUUUCGCAACAAAAAUUAUUUAUAUAAAUAAGCAAGAUUAAAAACGAUA